AAUGUCAUGUGACCCAGCUGGUAGCUGUCAGCAGCAGCAUCUACGGUAGAAUACAUCGGUGAGGGAUAUUGGCAACAAGUUCCAUGCCGCCACAUCCACCGUAGGCUACCCCUGUGUGUGGAAUGGCUGCUGUCUGGCAGCAGGUCUUGGCAGUCGACGCAAGGUACAAUGCUUACCGCACGCCCACGUUCCCCCAGUUCCGCACGCAGUACAUCCGCCGCCGCAGCCAGCUGCUGCGCGAGAACGCCAAGUGCGGCUUUGAGCCGGGGCUGCGCAAGCAGUACCUGCGCGUGCGCAGCCAGCUGCUGGCCCUGCGCUAUGGGCCCCUGUCCGAGCAGAGCAGCUUCAGGGCUAGCAGCGUGCGCAGCUCCCGCACCACGCUGGACCGCAUGGAGGACUUCGAGGAGGACCCCAGGGCCCAAGGAGCUCGGGGUCACCGGCGCUCUGUGAGCCGAGGCUCCUACCAGCUACAAGCACAGAUGAACCGUGCGGUCUACGACGAGAGGCCCCCUGGCAGCCUGGUGCCCACUUCGGUGGCGGAGGCUAGCCGUGCCAUGGCAGGGGACACCACACUGAGCGAGAACUAUGCCUUCGCUGGCAUGCACCACAUCUUUGACCAGCACGUGGACUCGGCCGUUCCAAGACUGCAGUUCGCCAACGACGACAAGCACCUGCUGGCCUGCUGCUCACUGGACGGCACCCUGUCAAUCAUGACGCUGUCCCCGCCCCCUCCGGCGGUCAAAGUGACCCUGCGCGGCCACGCGGGGCCCGUCACCGACUUCGCCUGGUCGCUGAGUAACGACGUCAUCGUGUCGACGUCAAUGGACGGCACGCUGCGCAUCUGGAACACAGAGGACGGCCGCUGCAUCCGGGAGGUGGGCGACCCAGAGGCCAGCGAGCUGCUCUGCUGCACCUUCCAGCCCAUGAACAACAACCUCACCGUGGUGGGGAACAGUAAGCACCUGCUGCAGGUGGUGAACAUCUCCACAGGUAAGAAGGUGAAGGGCGGCUCCAGUAAGCUGACGGGCAGGGUCAUGUCCCUCUCCUUUGACGCGCCGGGGAAGAUCCUGUGGGCCGGAGACGACAGGGGAAGCAUAUUCUCCUUCCUGUUCGACAUGGCCACAGGUAAGCUGACCAAAGCGAAGCGUCUGGUGGUGACUGAGGGCAGCCCCAUCUCCAGCAUCUCUGCUCGCUCUUGGAUCAGCCGCGAGGCCAGAGACCCCUCCCUACUCGUCAACGCCUGCGUCAACAAGCUCCUCCUCUACAGGGUGGUGGAUAACGAGGGAACUCUGCAGCUGAAGAGGAGCUUCCCCAUCCAGCAUGCCUCCCAGCCCCUCCACAGCAUCUUCUGCCCCCUCAUGUCCUUCCGCCAAGGGGCCUGCGUAGUGACGGGCAGCGAGGACGCGUGCGUGUACUUCUUUGACGUGGAGCGUAACACCAAGGCCAUCGUCAACAAGCUGCAGGGCCACAGUGGCCCUGUGCUGGACGUCAGCUUCAACUGCGACGAGUCUCUGCUUGCGUCCUCCGACGCCACCGGCAUGGUCAUCGUCUGGAGACGCGAGCAGAAGUAGGAACAACAAUUAACAACAGCCAAGCGCAGAGUACAACCAACCAAACACCACCACUACUACUACUACCAUGCUUCCAUGACGGCAUGGUUAUCUAGGGUGUAUUUCAAGAACAUGGUUACGUGAUUAACCAGGCUUUAGUUAACCUUAGUUAACAAGUGGUAAACUUGCUAAUAGAUAGCCUACAAGAAUCAUUUACUGAAGGAAAUGAGGACUCCAGGCUCUUCUAUUAGAUAUUUACUACUACCACAAGGUUAACUUAACCUGGUUUACUACUCGACCAGCUUCUUGGAAUUACCCCCCUGGAGGCGCAAGCAGAAGUAACAACAACAACAACAACAACAACAACACCACAGCAGCGCCAAGUACCACCAUGACCAUCACCACUACUACUACCACCACCAUGCUUCCAAAGCGCCGGCAACCACCAAAGCUUUGGGCGCUGGUCGGACCAGUGCGUCUGAUCAUGUGACCCAAUGACUGUACAUGUAUGGACAUGACACAGUUCAACAUAUUUGAAGCAUUUUUAAGUUGUCAAUUUGCAACCAGAAUAAAGAAUUUCCUGGUUGGAAAUGCCAAUCAGAAACACCCACUCCAUAUAUCACGUCCCGGUCUGAGUGGGUGUUUCCGAUUAGAAUGGAAUAGUGGGUGUUGCUGGGUAGAAUGGAAUCUUGGUGUCCAUUCUAAUAUACAGUCAUUGGCAUGACCGUUAUCUGUCCGUUCCUUUGUGCUCCAUUAUGUGCAAUUAGGCCUUUACCUCACCGGGUUAAAGACUCACUCUCUUUUUUCCGUCCGGCUACACAAGCCAUUUGAAGAGAUGCCGCCUUCGUCUGACAAAAUAGGGUAGGGGAGUGUUACUUGUAGCAAGUGUAUUGCUACCUGUAUGUUUGUAAGUGCAUUGUCACAGUUGCUUAGAAAAACUGACUGCUGUAUACUGGAAGGGGUGGGGGGGAUUCUGUACUACAUGUCCUUAAUUUCAGCGGCAUAUGUAUUUGUCUGCUGUCAAUGUUGGUCUUAAAUGACAUUUGCACGACACUAUGUGGCACUGCCUUGCAGUUCCCGAGGAAAAGUAUAGAAAAAAAUAAUGAAGAGAUUAGAAACAUAUCAAAAUGGGAGUUUUUUAUUUGUGUUUUUGUGCGUUUAAUGUAAAGGUCAUGCUGGCUUACACUACAAAACUACUGUCUGAUGUAUUUAUGACAUGCAUUGUUCCGAUAUAAUAAAUGAUAUACAUUUAUCAACUUA